AUGGAGAAUCUCGGAAAAGCCGCCGAUUUGGCUGAUAACCUUAUCGAAAUUGAGCUCUACAAGGCCAAAUAUCCAAAAUGGAUCAAGAGCCCAACGCUGAAAGGGUACAAUUUCGAGAAGCUCAAGGCCAAGAUUCUAAGCUUCGCCGAAAUUCAUCAGAACGCUUGCGCCGACUAUGCGCCAUGCGGAAACUUGAUGUCCGGAUAUUGGCUUCAGGAUGUUCUUGAUCGGUUGGAAACCGCCAGCAAGGGAAAGGGACCAAAAUUGAUCGGAUACGCUUCGCACACUGAAACCACGUUGUCCCUCAUGAAGCUCAUGGGAUACGAUAAGGACGAGUUGACCACGUCGGCCGGAUUCGUUGUUGAGUUCAGAAACAAACCAAAACCAGCUGUCCGUCUUCUCAACCACGAUCCGAACCCAAUUGAGGAUCACGUCAUCUAUCCAGCCAAACUUAGUGCCAAGCUGAAGAAGCUCGCCGACAAAGAUGGUUUAAUCGCACUUGAUAAUUUCGUCAAGUUCGCCAAACCAAGUGCGUUCGCCGAUUGGAAGAAACAAUGCGACCGCGCCUAA